GCCAACCAGGCUCGUUCAAAAACUAUGUAUUUAACAAGAUAGAUGUCAUCCGUUUCCUUAUAAUCUGCACAAUUUAUCCACGGCAUUCAACAUCGAUGGGCUGACAUUUAUUGGUCCACCGGGCUUGCACGAAGAGAUCUCACCACCAGUGCCUUAUUUUUAGUAGCCCGAGGGGAAGUGUGAAGCCCAUCCCACUCGAUUCCCCCAAAUGAUCUCGGCUCCUGUCUCUGCACAAUAAGCGCACGACAGCCAGGGCACGUUGCCGGGUGUAUAGUGCAGCUUUCACCGAAGCCUUUCCAACCCUAAAGGCAUGACACCACCUCGGUAGAACACCAAAGGAGACUGGGACAGACUUUUUUUGCGGCUUGACCACAUAAUCUGUGCUCGACCACAGCUGUUCCGACCUCCUCUGGUUCUGGAGACAACGUGACCGUCGUUGGGUUGCAUGCAUUCGGCAGCACUGAGUGCAAUCGGAGCCAACGAUGCAAUGGACUACCAAUAACUUUCAUAUCGGACAAGGGUUCGUUGUGAUUCAAUGAUCUGAAUCUGGAGUCGAAUAUACGGAGUGAUAUCACAGCCGGGCUAGACAUAUUUUCCUUGACACAGCGUUUAAUGAAUGAUCUCUUAUUCUUGCCCGGACCAGGUAUCCUCUCCAGUGCUGCAGUUAUACCACAAUCUGACAUUUUUAUGCAUAGUCUGUGCAGAAUCAAGAUGCAGUUUCGGACAGUGCUGGACGUGAAAGUCGUGGACGUGGAGAAGAGACGCAAUCCAUCAAAACACUACGUAUACCUCAUCAACGUCACCUACUCCGACAACACCUCACACAUCGUCUACAGGAGAUACAGCAAGUUCUUUGAUUUACAGAUGCAAAUUCUUGACAAGUUCCCGAUCGAGGGAGGACAGAAGGACCCCAAGAAGAGGAUCAUUCCCUUUCUCCCAGGUAAAAUCCUGUUCCGAAGGAGCCAUGUGCGAGACGUGGCCAUGAAGAGGCUGCGCUUCAUCGAUGACUACUGCAGGGCACUGGUGCGUCUCCCUCCUCAGAUUUCCCAGAGCGAGGAGGUGCUCCGUUUCUUCGAGACUAAAGCCGAGGACAUCAAUCCCCCCGUGGAGGACUAUGGCUCCAAGCGCAAGUCAGUGUGGAUGUACGGCUUUACCGACAGCCCAAGGAAAGAGGCCUCAGGGAUGGACAGCUCGGAGCCCAUGGUGCUGGAGCAGUACGUGGUGGUGGCCAACUACGAGCGGCAGGAGAACUCGGAGAUCAGCCUCAAGGCCGGCGAGACGGUGGACGUGAUCGAGAAGAGCGAGAGCGGUUGGUGGUUUGUGAGCACAGUGGAGGAGCAGGGAUGGGUCCCGGCUACAUACCUCGACUCCCAGGGUGGAACCAAGGAUGACCUGGACCUGGGGACCUCCAGGACUGGAGAAGUUACUAAACGACGCAAAGCCCACCUGAGGAGGCUGGACCGCCGCUGGACCCUGGGGGGCAUAGUCAACCGCCAGCAGAGCCGAGAAGAGAAGUAUGUGACGAUCCAGCCGUACACCAGCCAGGGGAAGGACGAGGUGAGCUUUGAAAAAGGGGUCACCGUGGAGGUCAUCCAGAAGAACCUGGAGGGCUGGUGGUAUGUGAGGUACCUGGGGAAGGAGGGCUGGGCGCCGGCGUCCUACCUGAAGAAGGUGAAGGAGGACUUCUCCUCGCCGCGCAAGAAGACCCUCACCGGCCCCGUGGAGAUCAUCGGCAACAUCAUGGAGAUCAGCAACCUGCUGCAGAAGAAGUCCGUCAGCGAGAAGGACAUCCAGACGGACGAGGAGGGCAGCGGCGGCGGCGGUGGCGGCGGCGGCGGCAGCGGUAGCGGAGGGGGAGGGGGAGGGGCCACGCCCGAGCGCCACUUUGCCAAGAGCGAGAUCAGCCUGCCCAUGCCAGUCAGCGGGGAGCUGAACGCGGAGACGGGUCGGCGGCUGAGCUCGGGCUCUGGCUACGGCUCCAACAGCCCCUGCCUGGGGCUCCUGAUGGGGGCCAGCGCCUCCCUGAACGAGAGCAAGGCCCGGGCGGAGCCGGGGUCCCCCGCCGUGGCCCGGGUGGCCCCCCGCAGGGUGGAGGUCGGGGGAUCUCCAAACCUUCGACAGAAGCCUCCUCCAAGAAGAGACACUAACCUGGGAUUCCAGUUACCCAAGCCACCAGAGCCCCCUGCUGUGGAAGCAGAGUACUACACCAUCGCUGAGUUCCAGUCCUCCAUCUCCGAUGGCAUCAGUUUCCGUGGAGGACAAAAGGCUGAUGUGAUCGAGAAGAACUCCGGGGGCUGGUGGUACGUCCAGAUCGGGGAGAUGGAGGGCUGGGCCCCUUGCUCCUACAUCGACAAGAGGAAGAAGCCCAACCUCAACCGCCGCACCAGCACCCUCACCCGGCCCAAGGUCCCGCCCCCCGCCCCGCCCGUCAAAAAGACCGACCCGGACGAGAAACCCGUCUCCGCGACCCCAGCCGCCAAAGCCUCGGAGCCCCCCGCCCGGCCCGUGUACGAGGAACCCCUGUACGACAUCCCUGCCGUCGGCUGCGAGGGCGAGGCGGUCGCAGACCCGCCGAAAGACGAGCGCCCCCCGGAGGUGAAGAGGAACAGCGUGGUGGGGAACAAGUACCGCGGCUCGCCCCCUACCUCCCGAGCCGCCGCCCCGCCGCCCAUCUGCAAGGCGUCGCCGGUGUUCAACCGCCGCCGGUCCUCCAUGAGGUCCUCGGAGGAGGCGCUCACCAAGGAGGAGUGCAUCUACGAGAACGACGGCUUCCGGGCCAGCAGCGCGGACGAGGCGACCUCCUCGGCCAAGAGCUCCGGCGGGCACCACCACCACCACCACCACUCCCCGAGGAGCUACCACUCCUCCACCGUCCCCCGCAAACCCUCCGGCUCCUCCCCCUUGCCAGGGAGGACCAUGAAGACGGUGACGCCCGAGCUGACCCGAAGAAGCCAGACGCUGGGCCGGCACAUGGACCACAGCCCCCGGUCCUCCUCGGACGAGUCGGGGCGGAGCCACGUGAAAGGCGUCAGCUUCAGCCGGGACGUGGAGCAUCGGAUCGGCCAGAGCCCGUCCACCAAGCCCAAGCCCUCGGUGCGACCCAAGCCGCUGCUGGCCAAGUCGGAGCCCCAGGGGCCCGACCGGAUGGACAUCGGCUCUCUGCGGCGACAGCUGAGGCCCGCCGGGGGCGGAGGCCAGCCGCGGCACAGCCUCAAGCCCUCGCGCGGCGAGGACUCGGAGACGGCGUCGGUGGUCUCCUCGGAGGACUCCCUGUGCUCCCGCAGCACCUCGGACCUGUCCUCCGUCUACUCCAAGGGGAGCCACGGGGACUCGGACCUGGAGGGCCCCAGCCUCUACCGGUCCCUGGACGCCUACCAGAAGGUGCAGGACUCGGAGAUCAGCUUCCCCUCGGGGGUGGAGCUGGAGGUGGUGGAGAAGCAGGAGAGCGGCUGGUGGUACGUGCGCCGGAACGCGGAGGAAGGCUGGGCUCCCUCCUACUUCCUGGAGCCCGUGCGGCACCCGGUGGACGUGGGCGGGAGGAAGGAAUCGGACCGGCACCGAAGCGGCGGGAGCAGCAAGUCCAACAGCCUGGAGAAGAACGAGCAGCGCGUCCAGGCCCUGAACAACAUCAACCUGCAGGGCAUGAACCAGCAGCACCAGGCGCUGCGGAGAAGCAGCCCCCCCAUCCCCUCCAAGCCGCCCGGGGGCUUCUCCAAGCCGUCGGGGCUGGUCAACGGCGGGGUGCGCAUGAGGAACGGCGUGCGGCAGGUGACGGUGAGGCCUCAGUCGGUGUUCGUGACCGCCUCGCAGCCCGGCAAGGACUCCCACUACACGACGGGGUCACUGAGACGGAACGAGUCCCUGGGCCGGAGCGACCACUACCGCUCCGGUUCGGCCACGCUCGGCGUGCGCAGGAAUGCCUCGUUCAGCACGGUGCGGCCGCACGUGGUGGUGGAGAGCCAGCCGCGGCCGGACGAGCGCGGGGGCCUGGGUUGCUCGGGCAGCGGCGGCGGGUUCGGGGGCAGCAGCUCCGCCCAGGACGCCCUGGGUCGGGCGGCGGGCCAGAGGAACGGCAUCCCCGUGUCGGCGGUCCGGCCCAAGCCCAUAGACAAGAGCCAGCUGAUCCACAACAACCUCGGCCGGGACGUGUACGUGUCCAUCGCCGACUACGGCGGCGACGAGGAGACCAUGGGCUUCUCCGAGGGCACCUACCUGGAGGUACUGGAGAGGAACCCAAACGGGUGGUGGUACUGCCAGGUGCAGGAUGACCACGUCCCGCGCAAGGGCUGGGUCCCCUCCAACUACCUAGAGCGUAAGAAAUGAGAGCAAGCCCCAUCCCAGGAAAGGGUCUCCAGCAAUCUCUCUUGCCCCCUUGCCCCUGCCCCCAUCCCAUCCCACCAACGGGUGGUGCCUCCAGGCAAAUCGCCGGCAUCAUUCUUAAAGAAUGUUACCCCAAGAAAUCCCCGUAAGCAAUACACCCCGACUCUGAAGGAGACUGUAAAAAAAACAAAAGAUGAUGUUUCAUGUCUUUGGGAGAGACCCUAUUAGAGCUGGCUUACUGAGAUCUGUACCCGCCGAAGUCUAGAACAAACGUUUGGAAGUGGACGAGAAGUGAACCUUUAUGAAUGGACACAUGAGAUUAGAUGACAGGUCUUUUGAAUACCGAACGGUGUAACUGGGCACGGCGGCCUCUGAAAGGGGCUGCCAUGGGUUGACGCUGAAUUUAGCAGGGUACGGCUAGUGUUGUUCGUGCCCACCUGUGACUGAUGCCAAAUUAGUGCCUUUGGUGUGUGAUCAUCUGAAUGAAGGUCCUAAGAGGUCAACAGGAACAUGAAUCAACCAAACCUAUCUGUGUGUGAGAGUGCUACAUGGCCUUUGGGAGCGCAGACAUCUCCGAAUGUGUUUCUGUGUUUCUCACCAACUCAAAGUUCCAUUUUAGGAGCACCAGUUGAGCGAAGCGGCCAAUCAAUGUGAUCUCUGGGUUCCAGUAGGUAUAAUUGAUGCAAUAUGCGGAAAAAGAGAGAGGAAAUUAAAUUCCGCUGCUUGUAAAGUUACUCUUUAUUCACCGUCCCGGACAAAAUAGAAGAUCAACUUGUUUAGCUUUUUAUGUUGCCUUUUGCCUCCAUCAUUGUUACGAUUAAUUUUUUUGGGAUUCUCUCCUUGCUUAGAGAAUAAUUUCUGCAUUUCUUGUGACAUCCCCUCUCAAACGGACAGCCUAUUGGAACUUAAGAUAAGGUAGUAACCAAAGCAGUGGAUUGGCAUUGUGAGUCCAGCAGUGAAAUAAUCUUUAGUUAGUACACGCAGUCCCCAUCAAAGUUCCUAUACAAAAAAAGGUUUAUUGAACAUUUUCUGUCAUGGCCACCAGGGGGCUACUGCCCUGAAAAAGUCAAUUUGUUUACGUAGUGUUUAGCUUCAAUGUAGUUAUUUUAUGCUGUUGUUUCAAAAAAUACAUUUGUAUAUAUUGUUGUUAAUCCCAGGGAUGUGCUUACCUAGCAUCAUGCCCAAAAUGUGAUUAAAACCAAUGGAAUAUAAAUUCAACAGCUAGUUUUGUAGCUUUAUAUUUACCACUGGUUAGGCAAAGAACAGUUUAAAGCAAACUAUAAAAUACCUAACAUAACGAGGUGGGAGAACUGACUGAUAUAUAUGGAAUAUAUCUCAUAAGCUAUAUCUAGACGCACUUGAUCUAACCAAAUGUCAUAGCAUGGAACCAAUCGAAGAUUGAUAUUGCUGAUGCAGUAUUGUAUUAAUAUUAAUGUGAAGCGAAUAACAUUUUCAUUUCAAAUUCAUUUGUUGAUAUUUUGGUUCUGUUAAAUCAUGUAUUGACCAAACACACAAUAGCAUUACAAUACAUCAUAACUAUUGCCCUUUGAUACAAAAUAAGUGUGACAACUUCCAAUUUCAAGGCUUCCGAUGGCUGGUGUCCAAGAUUGCUGAAAUAUAUUUUCUAAACAAUGUUGGUGUUGGUUCUACGUUAAGGGCUAAACACUGUUCCAUAAUUUACAUUUUAUUUCUGCUGGACAGUGUUAUAGUAUUAAAAAUAAAAAGAGUACAUUAUCUGCUAGAUCGUUAACUAUUUAGCAAACUAUAUUUGUUUUGUUUGUGUUUUAUCGUUACCAUGUGAUCACACAUAAUGGACAAUAACGGGGAAAUGGUGGUUCUGUUUUGUGAAUUGGUGCACUUUAACGGUUUGAACUGUUAUUGUGCACUAAUGUGAAGGAGCAGCAAACACUCAGCAUGUUAUUUAUUUAUCAUAUUUUACAGAACAUGUCUUCUCUUUACUGUAACUUAACUCAGUCAUGACUCUUAAUUUGAGAAAUAAGUUCUAGUCGUCAAAUACAAGUUCUAGUCAAAGAUCAAAUUAAUCAAAUUCGAUUUCACAAGAUUUUACCGUGAUCGGUACAUAAUAAUUGCAAAAUACUGAAUGUUUUUUGCAUUGUCCCAUACAAUCCAUUCUACCUCAGUGCAAUAAUCAAAGCGCUGCUGGUCAGUGAAUGUUCCCACAAACUGUACAUAAAUUGACAUUCUAUUUAGUUUAUAUUUGUUUUAUAAAGAUGCAUCUUAAGUUUAUUGCUAUACAGUUUUGUAGCAAGGUUUAUGAUCAAAAGUAAUUUAUUUUUUUAAAACCAUUGUUAAAUACAUUUUAUUUUUUACUGCUGCGUGCUGCGACUUUAGCAAAUCAUGGACACUUCUUUCAUCCUUAUUGUGCCUAACAUAACGCCCGAUUAAAAGUAUAAACGUGUGGUCUUUGUGGUUCCAAAUAAAAUCACUGCUGACAUCCUCCUCCAAAAAUCUCAAUUAGGCCUACAUAAAAAACGAAUUAAUUUUUUUCAUUGACUUCAUCAGUAAAUCUAAGUCAAAGUUGUGACAAUAACAAUAAUAAGAAAAUCAUCAAUAACACAACGGUAGAAUUGUCAUGUAAGGAACGCAUUUGACGGAGAGACCUAGUCGUGCGUCCUUUGCGACGUCACGCUCAGCAGGGGACCACAGAGGCUGCUCUGACGAAGGCGUUAUGUUAAUGUGGCGAAUCACCUCCUCGCGACAGCACACUCGUGUUGCCUAGCGCUUCGUUAAGACCGAUUUGCAUUAUCCUUGCUUUUUUGGCGGCUGAAACGACAAGGGAAAAAGUGACAUGUCGAGCUUUGUCCUUACAUGUUAAGCCAACUAGCGUCUUAUCGUUCAUUGUUUGGUUGUUUUUUACCAUAUUAAGUGUCCUGAUUUUUUUUUUGCCCCAUAUAAUGUAUUGUUAUCAUUUCUAAGUGUAACCGUGAGAAAAUGUGCAAUAGGUUAAAGGACGACAUGCUUGAGAGUUAAUGGAAAACAAAACGAAAAAAAAAACGGACCAUCUCAAUCUUGUGAUAGUUAUUUUUUGGGAUUAGAAAUCAGACGGCCUCUCACAACCGCCCCCCCUCCCCCUCCCAAGGUCAUCUCAAAGUGUUUUGAUGAGUAGGCUAUCUUCAAUCAAACGACGCCCCCUACCCCACUUGGUUUAAAAACAAUAACAACAACAUCAACAACAACAACAACAAAAGGGCGAAGACAGUGCAACUGGAAAUGUAUUCGCUGUGCGCACUGCCCGUACUCUUCUCCUCCUCCUCUAACAGGGAUGUUUGCGUUUCAUCCCCGGCCACAUAGUUGUAAACAAUGUUGACGCAUUUGCGUUGCAAUCUGGACUCGCGUCUCAGGAGCAGAUGCCAUCGCAGAUAUAAUAUACAUCCUCACCCUCAUCCUCAUCUUCCUAAUCUUCCUCAUCCUCCACGGGACCCCAUGCCUGGAUGGAAUGUUGACAGUCACUCUGCCAGCCUCCGUCUCCUGCUUUAUUUAUUCGGAACAUUUCUACAUUUCGUCUCAUGCCUUUCAUGACAUUUCCCACCACUGUAUUUGUUUUUCCUUUUGUGUCGCCUCACGGCUCCCUAAGCUGUCUGGACGAGCGAAGUGACAUUUGGAAGCUUUCAUCGGUGUCCCCGGGGAGUGGGGCCCAUCUGCCCGGUCUCUCCUACCCGGACAGGCAGAGGAGGCAGUGGUGAAUGUUUCGUGCCUGCGACCCGAAGAAGUCGGCCGGCGGUGUCCGAGGUCUCUACCUGCCCCACCACCACAGAUACACAAACUUGUCUAUUACCGGAUCCAAAUUAACACAGAACAGAGCCUUCGCCGUUACGGACGAACGGAGGCGAAAUAGCACCUUUAGGCUCUUAGUAGGCUACUGACCAUUUCAGAUUAAUUUCCUCCGCUUAUCUCGGUAAGCAUAUCCCACGUCUUAUUUUGCUCUUCCGUUCAGUGGUCGAAUGCUUUGCUCAACUCAAGCCCGUGUGCAUCUACACAGCAAAACACAUUAGAAUGACGCUUUCGUGUAAUACUUCAUAUUGGCCACCAGGGAGUGCUGACGUUCUGCCAGUCCAUCUUCCUCUUUCUUUUCUCCACAUUCCCCUGUUAAGGACUCUCGUUUCUCGACACGACAAUAGCUAAAUAACAAUUUGUUUCCUGGAGCGGGAUGGAGGCUUGAGUGAGUAUAGCCUAGGGAGGAAGAUAUAAUGUGUCACACAGGGUGUGCACGGUGUUGAGUGUGUGUGCGAGUGGUCUGAAGGUGUUUUGAGUCAAAGAGGUUGAAUACAGGUGAGGUCAGGGGAAAGGGGAUGUUGGGGUCACAGACAGACUGUUGACUGGAGAAUAGGUGUCUGGAGGUUAUAGUGGACGAACAAGAAAAAUAAGAAACUUGGUUUGCAUUUUCAGAUCCUGAGCUACUUUCUGGAGCUCAACAGGUCUAAGAGUCUACUUAAAACACCUUUUAUUUUAUUGCGGAAGACAUUUAAUUCCCAAAUUCUAGCGACGGGCUUACAGCUGGCAGUCAUUGAAGGAUUUGCUAAAGUGAAGGGGUGACAACCAAAGGCAGAUGGCUUCUCUCUCCUGGGUUAACGACAGGAGACGGAGACGAACUAUGUGCUUUAGUUCUCUUUAUAAUAAAUGGGAUAACUUAUUUUGGUCUUGAGCGAGGAUAGGGGUGGUUGAAUACCUUCAAGAAACGAAUCAAUCGUAUGUUCUUAUCUUAGUAAAGUUCUGCUAUUAAAAAUUCAAAUACAGCUGUAGUCUGUAGGUGGAGGGAAACGGGGACUGAUUCACUUCGUGCGUUCAUAUCGGACAAAGUCCAUUAAAUAGUAGGGAUGGGAAAUGUUUGAGGGUUGAUAAGGAGCCUGUAGUGUUGGGCUAAAGAGGGACAUGAGGAAAGUGUUUGUUCAGACGAGUUCGGCGUUUUGGUUGAUUUGCGUAGGUCUUUUUUUGUGUUGCUUCGUUUUUGUAACAUGUUUGAUAAUCAAUGGCUCAGUAGUGUAGUAGUUUGUCUUUGAAGGAUGACAUUUGACGGUUAGAUGUGUGAGAGGAAACGUUUUCAGUUCGGUUAAAUGUGAGAAGAAGGAGAAAAAAUCAAUCAUCAAUCCGUUGACUGUGUCGAGAAACGAAAGCUCCCCGCGUCUCCACUGACGGCUCAGCUGUCACGCUGGCGAGGCCUCCCUCCGUGGUCGUGUUUUACGCUUUUUUCUUUCGACACGCUUUCUAAUUACCCCGACUGUGUGUCUUAAUUAUCCCGCUCCCCCAUCCUCCCUCAGCCUGUCAGAUGAGGCUGGCGCUUUUUAAUCACAGCCACCCAUGCGGCCACGCGCUGGCUGCAUGCGGGAAAUCGCUGCUCUGUUUUUUUCUGUUGUUUUUUUUCCAAACGCGGUUGGCCCCUUCUGCUCGUCUGGGAAGCGACCCGUCCAUCCGAUUGAUGCUUCACGUGUGUGUGUGUGUGUGUGUGUGUGUGUGUGUGUGUGUGUGUGUGUGUGUGUGUGUGUGUGUGUGUGUGUGUGUGUGUGUGUGUGUGUGUGUGUGUGUGUGUGUGUGUGAGAGUGCAUGAGUGUGCGUGUGGACGGUUGUAGUGAUUAAGGAGUGGGAAGUGUUGCAUCCAUUAAAAUAUUAUGAUCCUAUUCACUCCCAUAACUCUUCAAAGUAGUGUGCCAAACUUCCGUCAGUGAGGCCCUCAUGUGUUGCCUUUCCGCUUGGAGCCCGGAGCCAUCCAACACCAUUGAUAAGAACACCCCCACACACACACACACACACACACACACCCCUCCCUCCACACACACGUACACACACACACACACACACACACACACACACACACACACACACACACAUACCCCCCCCCCCCCCCCCCCCCCAUGCACACACCCCGCUCAUUCUAAGCGAUGAUGAUCCACUACCAGCAUGUCAACGCCACAAUACUUUGAGUUAGACCAAAGGAGGUGCUAUUCUGUCGCUCAUAUCUUUCUUCCCCCCCCCCCCCCGCCCCCUUUGUCAGAUAGCCUAUUUUCUAUUGUUUUCCUUCUUCAAUGUAAUAUUAUUAUUGUGUCAUUUAAUAUCAUUUGGUACGUGUGUCUGAGCUCUGGAAAAGCCUGUCUGAGCUCUUGAAACGCUCCUUGUUGUCAACACUAGGAAACCUCGUUCUGCACCUCUCAUGGAAGAUGAAAUAUUCUAGAUGCAGCAAGGCUUUUAUCACAGGGCGGACUUCCGGCCUACAGCUCAAUAGCACUGCGGCGUGCACCAAGAUGGACGCAGCGUAAUACACCCCCAUUACUAGGACCGUUCUGCCCAUGCUAAUGAACACGAGGUGUGUCGCCUUCCUCUUUAUCAUUUCAUGUCGAAACUCAGUUCAAACUUUUUUUUUUAACUCUUGUACAUGUUUACAUUGUAUCUCACAUUUGCCUAAAAAAAAAAGACGCAUUAUUAAAUGUACUAUCUUUGUUCUCGA